CCAAUUUUUGUCUGGAAAAUUAACCCCCAAAAUUAACUAAUUAGUCCCUCUCCUCCUUUAUUAUUUAUUUAAUCACUAUAAUUUUCAUUGACUUCCUCCCUCUUGCCAUAUUUCAACAUUCUUCAGCUUUAAAAAUACAAUAAUAGUGCCUUUAUUUUCAUCGCCACAACCAUCAUCAUCUUCUUUCUCUGCUUCUUCAACUCAUUUAUUUGAUUUUGUCUUCAUGGAUUCCUUGGAUUUCCCUGUCAGCAAAUCUCCUCGGAGGGAGCUUCAGGGUCCUCGUCCAGCUCCGUUAAAAGUUAGUAAAGACUCCCACAAGAUCAGGAAACCACCAGUGCCGCAGCCGCAACAACAACAGCAUCAAAACCAACAACAACAUCAACACCACCACCAAGCACAGCCCAGGCCUCCGGUAAUAAUCUACACUGUUUCACCGAAGGUGAUUCACACAAAACCUAGUGACUUUAUGACUCUGGUUCAACGCCUUACCGGCUCUUCUUCUACUUUAACUUCUUCUGCUGCAGCGGCCGCCGCCUGUACAUCUUCUUCUUCAUCGAUAUGCGAUCCGUUUAACGACACCUGCGAUGCAAUUUCGCCGGCUGCAAGAUACGCCAGCAUAGAAAAAGCGGCGAAGACGCCGGAUAAGAUGAAUGAAGCUAAUAACAUUGGCGGUUUAGUAGAAGGGAUUGAAAUGGAUUAUAACAUCGAAAGAUCAAGUUUUUUUCCAGGGAUUUUAUCUCCAGGACCCACUUCACUCCCCAUGAUAUCACCGAACUUCUUUUCGCUACCGUCUGAUCCAAACUCGUUCAGCAAUAUCUUUCAUGAUUUGAGUCCAGUGCCUCACGGCAACAAGAAUUUCCUGGAGGGCAGUUUCAUGCCAAGUCCUUCAAGCUUUCUUUCACCUCACAUAACAUCUCCAACUCCGUCGAUAGACCUCUUCAACAAUUUCGUUGAUUUUUAGGUAGAGAAGGAAAAAGAUUUUCUUUUGUUUUCGUUUAAUUCUUUUUAGGUUAAAGAUUAAAGAUUAAAGAGAAGAAACUUCAAAAUUGAAGAAGAAAUGGGUUGGUCACUGGAUUCGAAAUUUGUAUUAUUCAGAAUGAUUGGUUCUGACCAAAUGUGUGAAGAGAUGAAAGCGGCAUUUUGGAGAUUAUAUUUCGGUGGAUUAGGUUGGAAGAAAGUGCAAGUUGGAGAAAUGUUAAAUUGGUUUGUCUUUUCACAUUUUAGUUUUAGUGGGUCAGAUGGAGUUUGGCCGCUCAGCUCAAUUUAUAUUAAUGUAACUGUUGAAGUAACUUACCCCUUUUGUUUUUUAUACCAUAUAUAUAUAUAUAUAUAUAUAUAUAUAUAUAUAUAUAUUUGGUUAUGUAGCUCCUAGCAUUUAAUUUCGUAUAGAAAUUAAUUAAUGCAAAUAUUAUUUUAUUUUUGCC